AUGGCUCAUCAACCAGGGAAGAGGGAGAUAUUGGAGGCAGCGCUCGGCCAGAUCACCAACAAGCCAGCGCCUCCAGAGAUUGACUUCACGAUCCACACGACAGACGAUGGGACUCAAGUGUCGACAGUGGAGAGGGUGAUCAAGGAUGUUCAAGCGCCUGCCAUGCUCCCGCCCACGGACGAACAGUUCUACUCUGCACAAGACCCUUCCAAGCCUGAUAUCGCUUUUCUGAAGAAUCACUUUUACAGAGAAGGUAGACUCAAGGAAGAACAGGCUUUGUUUAUCAUUCGGAGAGCCACAGAGAUCCUCAGGCAGGAGCCUAACCUGCUCGAAGUCGAUGCACCCAUCACGGGUGAGUUAGCCCUCUCCUGAACGCUUUUCUCUUGGCGAAUGCGGCCCGCGUGACUUCACGCUUGCGUCAAGCAGAGCCGAUUGCACACUCGCUCGUUGGCAGUCGCUCCCUGCGCUUGCAAGCAUACAAUGCUGAAACUUUCCCUCGCCUUCGUCAUCAGUGUGCGGCGAUAUUCACGGGCAAUACGUAAGUGUGCCAAAGCUAGCUCUUCACCCUUCGUUUACUUCCCUGACACUCCUGCCGCCCAAUGGUGACACCGCAGUUUGACCUGAUGAAGCUCUUCGAGGUGGGAGGCAACCCCGCAGAAACGCGGUACUUGUUCCUGGGAGAUUAUGUAGAUAGAGGCUACUUUUCCAUUGAAGUGAGUGAUCGAGGGUGAUAAGGCGUGGAGCUGCAGGGCAGCGUCACCUUGAGUCAGCGAGUGAAAGAGACACGCCCCACGCAAGCUUGAGGUGUGCUCACUCUCGGUGGCUAUUGGGCUCCGGCAAUACGCACAAAUCCCUCUCCUGCUUGUGCUGAUCCCCAUCCUCUCUUUGAAUGACUUUCCCUCGCAGUGCGUACUCUACCUUUGGGCACUCAAGAUUUGGUACCCAGAAACGCUGUUCCUUCUGAGAGGUAACCACGAAUGCAGACAUUUGACCGACUACUUUACCUUCAAGCUUGAAUGUGAGUCUUGUUCAGCUGCAAACGAGCCUCUUUACUGGCUGAUACAGAUGCGCAUCUCGAACAGGCAAGCACAAGUACUCUGAGCUCAUCUACGACGAAUGCAUGGAGAGCUUCUGCACUUUGCCACUGGGUGCUAUCAUGAACAAACAAUUCUUGUGUAUUCAUGGAGGACUCAGUCCCGAGCUACAGACCCUCGAUGAUCUCAGAAAUGUGAGCGCUCAGUAUCGUUUUCGUGGGUCAUGACCAGUUCUCUGACUUGGACGUCCUUCCCACAGCUCAAUCGCUUCCGCGAGCCUCCAACACACGGGUUGAUGUGCGACUUGUUGUGGGCAGACCCUCUGGAAGAUUUUGGCUCGGAGAAGACGACCGAGACGUUCAUUCACAAUCAUGUUCGGGGCUGUUCGUACUUCUUCACGUGAGUUGAAUUGCAGCCGCUGCGAGUGCGCAAGGAAGGCACUGAUGAGCGGGCAGGUCGGCUCUCCCAGAUAUCAAGCUGCGUGCCAAUUUUUGGAGCGCAACAACCUACUUUCAAUCAUCAGAGCGCACGAAGCGCAGGAUGCAGGAUACCGCAUGUAUCGCAAAACGAAGACCACUGGGUUCCCUUCUGUUAUGACCAUCUUCUCGGCGCCUGUGAGUUCAUCUUCGGUGUGCUGUAUGGCGCUCUUUGGUGCCGUUGCCUAAGUCUUUUGCUCGCGGACGCAGAACUACUUGGAUGUGUACAACAACAAGGCUGCGGUACUAAAGUACGAGAACAACGUCAUGAAUAUCCGUCAAUUCAACUGCACUCCUCAUCCGUACUGGCUGCCAAACUUUAUGGACGUCUUCACAUGGUCAUUGCCUUUCGUCGGCGAGAAAAGUGAGUGGAUCAUCGUGAGCCCACUUAUUUUGAGGUGCAGCGUUCAAACAUUAUUGCUCGCGUCUCUUGCGUCCACCAGUCACCGACAUGUUGAUUGCUAUCCUCAACAUCUGUAGCAAAGAGGAGCUCGAGGAAGAGGAAGAGGAGGAGGAGGAGGAAGCAUCAGCACCUGCUUCCGGAGCUGUGACGCCAGGAGAGGGAGAUGGGAUGGAGACGGAUGAGGACGGCGCCGAGCGCAGAGUGGUGAUCAAGAACAAGAUCCUGGCUGUCGGUCGUAUGUCCCGCGUGUUCGCGCUGCUUCGUGAGGAGGCCGAGCGCGUUUCGGAGCUCAAAGGAGCUUCAUCCUCGGGCAAGCUGCCCUACGGCACCCUUGCGUCGGGAAGCGAGGGCAUCAAGGAGGCAAUCUCAAGUUUCGACGAUGCGCGUGGCGCAGAUAUCGAGAACGAACGUCUGCCUCCCGACUUGAUCGAUGCGGACGAGAAUGAGCCAGCGUCUCCCGCUGAUGGCAAGCGCUUGUCUUCUCCUAGCAUGGACGAGACCGAAGAUGUUUCAGGCUCGAGCUACGGCCCAGGUAGCUCUUCGGUCCCAUCUUCCCCCGGCGGUGUUUCCAGCACUGGAGAGAUCUCAGGUGCCUCCUCGUCUGGCCGAUCCCAUCGCCGAGGUCACUCUAGAACCUCCAGCCUGGGCACGACGAACACCUCAAGUCCGAGUAACAGAAGGAGAAGCUUGGAGAGCACUGUCAACAUGAUCAAGGAGGCGUUGUCCGGAGAGGAGGGAGGCGACGAUGCUGUAAGUCGUCUCAGAGUCGGGCCUGCCGUUGAUGCGAUUUGAUCUGAUCAUGCGCUCUGUCCCUCUUCUCUGCCAUGCGCAGCACAUCGAGAAGCUCGCCAACGACAUCAGCAGCCCAUCGUCACCGAAGACGCGCAGGUCGAUCGAACGGACACAGAGCUGA